AUGUCAAUUAUUGAAGAGCAAUUUGCUUUAAUUAAUAUAAAUAAAUCACCUAGAAAAAGAAAAGUAUAUCCAUCAAAUAUAAUACCAAAACCAAUUUCAAAUCAAAACUUGAGUAAUAUAAAGCAACCAGAAUUUAAAACCCCAAUAAGAAAUUUCAGUAAUCAAAAUCAUAUAUCGAAAAGUACCAUAAAAUCAAAAUUCUCAACUAAUAAUGAAAAUCAUAUAGUUGAUAAUCAUGUCUCCUUUUCGGAACAAUCUACAUCAAAAAAGGAGUUCCAAUUUUCAUUCAUGAAAGAGACAUCAUCAUCAAUUCAAAAAAGAACUUUAUCCAAUCCAUUAAACAAUCUAAAUACACCCUCAAAAUCAAACAUAAACACGUCUAAUUCAAACACACCAAUACCCACAUCAUCAACUAAAAAAAGAUUAGAAUAUUCGAAACAAUUAAGAUUUAAAAGAGCAAUAUCAAAUCAACAUUCAUCAUCAUUCCCAUCCGACAUAUCCAAUAUUUAUAAUAAUCCUAAAAUUGAUCAUAAAUUUAAUUCACCAAGAAAUAUAAGUUUUGGAAAUUAUGUUAUUGAUGAAUCUCCUUCAAAGCCAAGAAGAGUGUUUACUCAACCACCUGCAUCUUCAAAUGACGUAUUUCAAAGAUUAUAUCAGACCAAGAGCUCCAACGUUGUUGAAAGAAAAUUUAGAAGCGUUACUCCAACACCAACUCAAACUACCACUUCAAAAUCAGCAAAAAGAUCUUCCGCUUCAGCCAAAAUUGAAUCAGUAACGGAUUUGUAUGAUUUAUUACAUAAAAGAGUUCCAGAUUUAUUCUUGAAGUCUUCAUCGUGUGUAAAGGAACAUCAUAACCAAUACCAAAAACCACUAGAUUUAAACAAUGUUCCAUUAGAUUCAUUAAAUGUAUAUGAAAGAGGAGAAAUUAUUAGAAAAAAUUCAUUAUAUUAUGUUCCAACUAAUUGUCCAAGACAUAUAAGUAUGAAGCUUGAAAAUGGUCAUAAUUUUGGGUUCGACGACAAAGAUGGGAACUAUAUCGUCAUACCAAAUGAUCAUAUCAACUAUAGAUAUCAAGUUUUAGAAAAAGUCGGAAACGGAUCAUUUGGGAAUGUCAUAUUAGCAAAAGAUCAUAAAUUGAAAGAGCCAACUGGGAAUUUAGUAGCUAUAAAAAUUAUCAACAAUAAUUUUAAUUCAUCUAUACAAUCAAUUAAUGAAAUCAAAAUGUUGAAAUAUAUGUAUCAACAAAACAAGCAAAACCCCAACAUAAUUCAUUUUUACAAUCAUUUCAAUUUCAGAAGUCACAUAUGUAUCGCAGCUGAAUAUUUGUCAUUGAAUUUAUACUCAUUAAUGGAGAUUACAAAUUUUCAAGGAUUGUCAAUACCAGUAAUUAAAAAAUUUACAAAACAAAUCUUGAAUGGACUAUCAUUUUUACAUAAAUUGAAAAUAAUGCAUUGUGAUAUAAAACCAGAAAAUAUAAUGAUCAAAUUACCAUCUAACCCUCAAACUGAUAAAUUACUAGUCAAAAUUAUAGAUUUUGGAUCUUCUUGUUUUGAUGAUGAAAAAAUAUACACCUAUAUUCAAUCAAGAUUUUAUAGAGCCCCAGAAAUUAUUAUUGGUUCAAAUUAUGAUAAUAAAAUUGAUAUUUGGUCAUUAGGUUGUGCAUUAUGUGAAUUAUUUAUUGGAACACCUAUUUUACCAGGUAAGAAUGAAAUUGAUCAAAUUGGCUUGAUAUUAGAAAUUUUUGGAGCUCCUAAAUCGUCUACCAUUCUAAGAAUGAGAUCACAAUUAUCAAGAUCUUUAAUUAAUCAGAAUCAUAAUAAGAUUAAAUCUAUAAAUUUUGAUCAAAUGUCGAAUUCAUCAAUUCCAAAUGAAAAACAAGUUAAAAAGACUUUACUUUAUAAGAUCUUUGAUCUUAAUGGUAAGAUAAAUUUAAAUAUUUUGAAUCAUUAUAAAUCUUCAACUAAUUCAAUAAAGAAGCAAAUUAAAUUAAAUUCAAAAAGUUUGGAAAUUGUAUUGGGAUUUAAUAAUAGUUUAGAAAGUUCAAGUGAUAAGAAUUUGUUUUUGAAAGUUUUACAAAAGAUCUUUGUUUGGGAUCCUCAAGAAAGAUCAAGUGUUGAUCAAUUAAUUAAUGAUGCAUUUAUUCAAUAA